AUGAAGCGCGUCAAGUCGCUCUCCUACUCCAGUCACUUCUCGCCAUUCCACCGCCAGGAUGCGAAACCCGCAACGCCGCCGCUGCCUACCACGCCAUCUCUGCCACCGCAACCACCGCUCAAAGUGUCGAGUUCUCUGUUGGAUUUGCGGUCCUUGUCCAAACGGCCUGGUAAUCUCCUACGACGGUUCAAGAGUCGCGACGAUGAGCUGUUCGGGUGUGCGGGGGAAAUGCCCGACCUCGAUGAUGCGCCAAUGGCGGCCCGUGAUUCAGCUGCCGGACAGGGGCCGGCGUUCGACGAGGUAAGGUCGCCUCCUGAGCGUUACAGGCGACGUGGAACGGGUCCGAGCCCAACGCUGACUCUGAUUGCUCCCUGCUACCAUUCCUCGAAUCCUUUACACCGCGAAGCUUCCUUCACCUCCUCCUCAGUUCUGGCAAGGUACUUCGCAUUCACCCACGACAUCGACAUCAUCAAGCUUGGAGCCCCUGUCGCCACCUCCUUAUUGCCCGCCGCCUCGCGUCACCUCGCUGCAAUCGCGAAAGUCGCUUCGAGCACUCGAGCGUCAACGCGAAGAGGAAGCCGCCGCCAACGCUUGCAUCACCUACAUUGCCGCCCAUGCCUCGCUUCCAUCUCUGUCACGACCUCUUCCGGGUCCGGGGCCGCUGUCCCUCGAUAUGAACGCCGUCGCGAGCUACCGGCGUUAUCGCGCAAGUAGUUGCGCCAGCAGUGCCUUUACGAGCCGGAGCCAAACAAGUUCUCGGCCCAGUACGAACGAUUCGCUCCCUUCGUAUCGUUCGACCGUCGGCUCCGUCGCGAGCGAUUCGCCCUCGAGUGAGCGCAUCACCUUCGCCGCCGGGUCGGCACCGGGUCCGACGUGCGCCGCACGCACUAGUGUCAGUACGCGCCAACCCGGGGGAUCAAUAUCCGCUACCGUUCCCCAGGCGUUCACGACACCUUUGAGCUCGGAGGCGAUCACCAGGCCCGGACCUUAUGAUUUCAUCUAG